AUGGAAAACAACUGUGUUUCCCAGCAUGCCACAGCAGUGGAGGUGUACGAGGGGGCUGAGUCUGUGCUGCUGCCCUGUCAGCUACUAGCUGCUCCCAGUGAGUUCACAGCAGCAGUGUGGGAUCGCAAGGACCUCAACAUCCCAUCAGUCCAUGUUCGUGUGAAGAGUGGUGAUGAUUUGGAUGACCAAAACCAGCGUUACACCAACCGAACAUCAAUGAGUGCUGAUGCUCUGCAAACUGGAAACCUCAGCCUCACUCUGAGAAACCCGACAGUCUCUGACAGUGGAACCUACACCUGCAUCCUCCGCAUCACUGGACGAGAUGUGAGCUGGACUUACUUACAACUGAAGGUCACAGAACCUCCUCCUCCACCUCCUCCAGUCUGGCCCAAAGUUCUCUCAGCUGUCUUGGUUCCUGUGGUUGUCCUGGCUAUUUGCUGUGGUAUCGGCAUGUUUUGUGGAUAUAGAAGGCUGAAAAAUAAAGAGGUUCGUGAGGUGGAGGUGGGUUCAGGUGUGAAGUUUGCCAAGCUGCCCUGCAAAGUUACAGUUCACCUGUCUAAGGAAAAUAAGAUUGUGUGGAAGGACAGAGAUGGCAGGAUAGUUCACGUGUAUCAGAAAGACUCUGAGCAGCCUGAAAAACCACACAGACGUUACAGGAACCGAACAGAAAUGAUUGAAGACCCACUGAGGACUGGUGACCUCAGUCUGACCCUGACAUACCCCACAGAAACUGACACAGACACCUACACCUACACAAUCUACAACAGGGAGGAAAAAGUCCUGAUGGAGAAAAAGGUGGAGCUGAAAGUCAGAGACUGUCAUGUAGAAGUGAAAGACGGGAUGGAGUCUGUUUGUCUGCCCUUUCAAACCACAGAAAACCUGCUUGAAGACACUGAAGUGGUGUGGAAAUGCCUUGAACCCAAGUACAUGAAGGUCUACGUGUAUGAGAACUGCUCUAACCAUCCUGACAAACAGGACGACCAUUACAAAGGUCGCACUAAGAUGAAGAAGGACCUGCUGACCACUGGAGACCUCAGUCUGACCCUGACAAACCCCACGGAGGGUGACAGUGGGAGAUACGGCUGUGAGGUCAAUAACAAGGAAACCUGGAGAUACAAGAGGGUGUGGCUCACAGUAAUAGGGAAUAAUCAGGCCAAGAAACAAACACAACAUCAGGAUCAGCUCCAAUGA